UCAGUACGGGUUACGACGUCGCAGCGAAAACAGCUAAAAAGAUCGCGUCGAUCGUCGCCAGUGAUUUUCGUGAAAAAAGUAAAAUAAUCGGUCACACGCAGUCGUGCGUGAAUUCUCAAAACGAUGGCCAAUAACACGAAAAGUUUUGAUGAACUGAUAAGUUUGCAAAACAAUACCGAUUGGGAUAUCGAAGAACAACGACUCGAACUUCAUCGUCAACUUUAUCAAUUGGCAAUGAAUUGGGAGGGUCAACUUCCAGAUCUUUCGAGCAUUUUUCAGCCCCCACAAAUGAAUUGGCUCAUAUUGCAGGAUUGUUGGAACGAAGACAAGGUCGACAAAGAAGUCAUCUAUUUCGCGUACCUAUGUGGUUACCACGACCCGGAGCCCUACGUGUACGAAGAUGGCGAGACGGAGUUGCGUCGCAACACACCGUUACACUAUUGGGCCGAGUGCGAGCCCAAGUACGGCAGCAGCAUCGUCGAUGUACUUUUUGAAAUAUACGACAGGUUCGAGGCGAAUUUCGUCGACGAUUCCGGCAAUACGCAUCUCCACGUGGCCUGCAAGUACGGCUGUUACGACGCCGUCGAGAAAUUCAUCGUGCAGGGCGAGAAUCCCAAUUGUCUCAUGCCAAGAACGGGCGAUUCGCCGCUACUCGUGGCCCUGAAACACGGCCACGUAGAUGUUAUCGUACUGCUGCUGUUCUUAGGCGCGGACCCGAAUCUUCCCGACAAAAAUCGAUUCGCGCCGCUACACUGGGCCCUGGCAAUCCACGACACAGUUAUUGCCGCGAUACUGCUGGAGGCAGGCGCGGACCCGAAUCUGCCCGAUGAAGAUGGAUCGACGCCGCUGCACCUGAUCUGUCAGCACGCGUGGGACGAAUCGACGAGUAUAGAUUGCGAUCCCAGAACGAUGAUGGUUCGGUUGUGGGACUACGCGGAGACGGUCGAAUUAUUGCUGAGCAAAGGCGCCGAUCCGAAUAUCCGCGAUGCCGAGGGACUGACGCCUCUUCACGAACUUUGCCAGAUUCAGAAUGGCGAGGUCGCAUUGGUGCAGUUUGUGGGUAUCUGCGAGGAGCACGGAAAGCCGCUGGAGAUCGACGCGCAGGACGAGAGCGGCCGGACGGCAUUGUACGCGGCCGUGGAAUAUUCCAAUAUGACCGAGGCUAAAGCGCUAAUGCGUGAAGGCGCCGAUCUUAAUUUAGCCGACAAAGAGGGAACGACACCGCUGCAUCUUAUGGUCAAGUGCGAGAAUUACCUUCCUGCCUUGUUGCGGGAGUAUCUCAAUGCGAGCGAACGCUUCUAUCGGCCCGUGCGGAUCGACGCCCGAGACAACGCCGGCUUGACGGCGCUGCAAUACGCCGUGGCACUCGUCGCACCGGAAAAGGUCGAUCGGCUCUUGGAACACGGGGCAGAUCUGUCCAACUUCUGCUUUCCUGACGCGACAUACGAUAUUUAUGCAUCAGGCUCAUCAGGCUGUAAACGUCGGACACUGGUGCUUGACACGCUGCGCAUCAUCGUUUCCCUGGAGAGAAAAGGAUACCGAAUGGACUAUAGGGAAUCCCUGACGGUCAUGAAAAUCUUCACCAGAUUUGGCGGAUUGUUCAACAGGUCACCAGAAAUUGGCCAACGUUUGAAUAGCGGCGAAGACUUCGCGAGCAUCGCGAAAGCGCACCUGGUGACUCUGAAUAUGACGCUCUAUGAUUUGCUUCACGUGCUAACCGAGGAGGCGGAGGCUUCUUGCGCGAUAGAAGACAGCGAGCGGUCCAGGGCGGAAACGUUGCCCGAGCCGUGGUCGCGACAGGCUAUUCACCGGUACCCGUACCAGACGGUGGUGGGGCAAUUUCUCGGACGAUUCGCGCUGACGUUUUUCGCUAGGACGGAUAAGGAAGAGGAGUUUAUAAGACGAAUGACGAUCAAGGAGUUGUUCGACGCGUGCAUGGCGGGCGGGUUUGAAGAUUAUACGUAUCUGUACAGAAAGAUGAACCAUUUAUCAACUAUGGAAAGGCAUAGGUUGUUUUGAAUGAUCGAGGUGUAUAAUAUUUAUAGUUGAUAUAAAUUUAUGGAAAAAUUAACCACAAAGAGGGCGUAAAUUAUUUGAAUUAAUUUUCAAAGCUAAACGUCGAAUGCAAGCAAAAUAAAUGUGUGCUUACGAGUACAGACUGAA